CAGUUUCCCUCGCUCCACUCUCUAGUCCCCACCCUAUAUUUUCAGACUCCGAAGUCCAAACCCUUCUAUUCGACCGUUAGAGAUUCAAAUCACACCCACAAAGAGAGAGAGAGAGUUCAUUGGCGACACAAUGCGAAAGAGAAGUGAAGCUAUAGAAUCCCCUGCAAAUACUAUCGAAGAAAUCCAAAAUGGCGAACCCCUGAGCAGCCAAACCCAGAAAGCGUCUCAGUACGAGCUAUCCAGAGAGCAAAGGAUCAAAGAAAACCUCGAGAGAAUGCAGAAGCUGGGCAUUCUCGACCUCUCUCUCAAGCUCAAGUCUGUGAUUCCCUCUAACACUAAGCGCAACCCAAGGAACCUCAACAACUGUACAACUACUCCUCGGCCCUCUCCUGCGCCGCCAUCUGGACCCACUCGCCGCUCUUCCCGGUUGAAGAAUGGGACACCAGUUAGCUAUGCAGAAACGGAAAUCGUGAAGAAGCGUAAGUCUUUGCAAGAUGAUGGUGUAUUGUUGGAAGAGGGUUCGAAGCCAGAGGUUUACACUGAAGAGCAUGAGAAGCGGUUGGGCAACACUGAGAAGAGCUGGACAUUAUUUGUGGAUGGUUAUGGCAAGGAUGGAAAGAGAAUUUAUGACCAAGUUAGGGGAAAGACUUGCCAUCAAUGCAGGCAGAAAACUCUUGGCUAUCGGACUCAGUGUUGCAAAUGCAACAUGGUCCAAGGGCAGUUCUGUGGAGAUUGUUUGUAUAUGAGAUACGGGGAACACGUACUUGAAGCCCUGCAAAACCCUAAUUGGAUUUGCCCUCCCUGUCGUGGAAUCUGCAACUGCAGUUUGUGCCGGCAAGCUAAAGGAUGGCCUCCCACUGGUACUCUUUAUAAAAAGAUAUCAAAAUUGGGCUUCAAAUCUGUUGCGCACUACCUCAUUCAAACUCGACGCUUACAGACAAAUUUGGAUAAAAAUGCUGAUGUUACCAAGCAAGUUUCUGCAAAGAGGUCGCUGCCAUUCUCAGAUGUUGAAGUAGAGUCUGAGGGAUCUCUCAAGGUUGAAAGUAUUCACCUUGGAUCAUUUAAGUCUCAACCUGAAGCCAAAAGUGAGGAUAAGUUUGAGGGUGAGAAACAGACUAGUCCAAUUCCAGGUACUAACAAUCAAGUUUCUGCUAGGAGGUCAUUACCCUUUUCAGAUAUAGGAGUGCAGUCUGUGAAUCUGACUUCUGCAGAGGUUGAAAAUGGGGUUGAUGAUCUCCCUGGGUUAGCAAAGCCUCAAACUGGAAACGGCACAGAUGACCAGUUCAAGGGUGAAAAAGAGAAGGAACCUCAUUUUACAGACAAAGAACAUGGUGAUAGAAAUAAUGAUUUGAAAAGUUCCUCAAAGCUAAAAAAGAAGCAUGCACUCCCCAUUGUACCAAGCCCCGAUAGUAUUGCUGGAAUAUUAAGGCAGAAGCGCAGAAUAAGCAAUGACCGUGAUGAUAAGCAGUUACCAGGGGUUAGUGAGAAAAUUGCAGACAUCAAGCAGGAUGCACCAGCAAGUGGUGUAGAUGAAGAGGAGGAAAUGCAUUCUAAAGAAAGUGUGGAUGACGAUAAUACUAUUGUGUCAGAGAGAAGUCCAAAGCAUAAGAAGCCUGCUCCUGCUGCUGAACCAAGCCACAGGCACAAUGUGUUAGGAAUGAAUGGGAGAAUUUUAGAUAUUAAGCAGGCUGUAAACAAGUCACCGGCAUCAACUGCAUCCAUUCCUGCCUCACGAAGUAUUGCUGGAAGAUUGAGGCAGAAGCGCAGAAUAGGAAAUGGCCAUGAUGAUAAGGGGUUACCAGGGGCUAGUGAGAAAAUUGCAGAUAUCAAGCAGGAUGUAACUUUUUCACCAGAAAGCGGUGUAGAGGAAGAGGAGAUGCCUUCUAAAGAAAGUGAGGGUGGUAAUGAUAAUAUUGAAUCAGAGAGAAGUCCAAAGCAGUCUGAAAACAAGUCACCGGCAUCUUUUGCAUUCGUUCCUGCUGCACAAGGUAUUGCUGGAAGAUUGAGGUCUAGAUGCAAAACAAACUGAAAAUUCCUCCUCUUUUGUCCUUUUGCUGAAACUUCUCUCUCCAAAUUUUCUUCCCUUAUUCCUGGAGAGGAUUGAGUUCAGUAUUUUUGCCUUUUCACAUGUGACAGAACUGCCUAAAAUUGCAAAAAACAAUGUUUUGGUAGGCUUCAGCCGAUUUGCAACAUUUUGGUUCUGUCCGUGUUCUACUCUGUCAUGAUGCAGUUAAACAUGUAGUUUGUCAGUGACUCAGCAGCAUCAACUUUUAGAUUAUCAUCUAAUUUGAGCAGCAUCAUUAUGUAUUUGUAAUUCUAUUGUUCUUAAAUAUUUGCUUGGCGUCGUUGUUGCAUCACGUAGGGAUAACAUAUA